AAAAAUUAGACCCAAUGUUGAUCACUUAAAACUGAUAUUAAAAGUUGAGAGGGAAUACAUUUCCUUUGAAACAAGCUUCUUCCAGCGGCCACCGCACAGGGACAGCACCCACCCUUCCACCUGCACCGGCCUUAGCCACCCACUCUCGGAGACAGGGAAGGCAACCAUUCUCUAUCGUCUCUUAGUCUCACAGCAGCUGCAGCAACCCUCUCUCGGCCUCUCUCUUUCACAGUCACAGAAACUCCUUCGACUCCUGCCCUCUCUCUUGGUAACGCUGACCUGCAACUUUUAAUCUCGGACUGAAAUGGACAACUAUCGCCCAGAAAAAGUACUGAAAUACGAGGAAUUUGUCGACCACCGCUUGAAACCAGAUCUCGUUCGUGCUAUAGCUGAACGGGAUAAGGUGUUUGAGCAACAAAAAGUUUUCUCAGAUUUACGGAAGAAUAUAGAAACAAUGGAGGAAAAUAGUGUAACCAGUCUUAGGACACAGGUUAAUCUUGGCUCUGAAGUAUACAUGCAAGCUGAUGUGCCAGACACUACACGCAUAUUUGUAGAUAUUGGGCUAGGAUUUCAUGCAGAGUUCACGUGGUCCGAAGCCUUAAAUUAUAUAACUUUAAGGGAGGAAAGAUUAUCCAAGCAAGUUGAAGAGUAUACUCACCUUAUUGCAUCAAUUAAAGCCCAGAUAAAAUUGGUAUGCGAAGGGAUAAGGGAGUUGCUCCAACUUCCAGCAGAGAAACCUUUACCCCAGCGUAUCUUCUAACGUGUUAUAAUUUGCACACAAAAUGCCUCUUUCAUCGUUUCAAACUGUAGUUUUAAAUGACAAUCGAGUAUGAGAGGAUAUGAAUCAUUUUAUGAUGAGAAGUUUUUGAUGAAUUUCGGACCAAUCGUAUAUUACACUUGAGGCUCUGGAGAAAGCCUGAAGUCCACUUAGUCCAGCAUUACUAAUAGUGUAAUUUAUUGUUUACUAGUUAAAGAGUUCUUCUGUCAAUCAUCUAUAGCAGGAUGAUGGUAUAUCAAAUUAAGAAAGUUCACAGUUAACCCAA